CCCGCCCCCAAGUCCCAUGACAAUCCGCUGCUGAUGAGACGUCGGGCAUCCAAGAGGGCCGAUUCCCUCAUCACAUCAGAGCGUGCCUUGGUGCUGAACGAUGCAAUGGGGAGCAAAAUACAGUCGCAAAAGCAUUUCACAGUCGCCAUUAUUGGUGGCGGAAUUGGGGGCCUUGCGCUGGCAAUCGGACUGCUUCGACGCAACGUCCCCGUGCAAAUCUAUGAAGCCGCCACUGCCUUUCGUGAGACUGGCCUGGGCCUGUCUAUUGGACCGGCCGCGCACCGUGCACUACCUCUGAUAGAUCCCAUGCUACGAGUAGCAUACGAUUCACUUGUCACGACGAAUGCGGAUAGCCCCGGAUUCGAACGAUUUCGGGACACAUGGUUCGAAGUCGUUUGGGCCUCGGGGGAAGCUUCGGGUCAGGUCAUGAUGGAUCUGAAAGCUCUACCCUCAGGACAGACUACGCUUCGACGAGCCGACUUCCUUGCGGCAUUGGUGGAGAUGAUCCCUCAAGAUAUAGCCCACUUCGACAAAAGGUUGGUUGCCCUUCAAGAAAAUGUUGAUGGGGUGCGGUUGUCCUUUGAAGAUGGGACAAGCGUCGACGCCGAUAUUGUCGUUGGAUGUGACGGCAUCAAAUCCAAGGUGAAAGAGUUCAUGCUUCCUGAAGAGGUGGAAAAGACGAGACCAACGUAUAGUGGGAUGUAUUGCUAUCGUGCAGUCCUGGGCAUGCAAGACGCGGUGAGUGCUGUGGGCAACCAUAGAGCCAGAGUUGCGACAUGGUACAUUGGAAACGGAUGUUACGCGAUUACCUACCCGAUUAUGAACGGAAAGAAGCUCAACUUUGGCAUGUAUAAAUUGGAUGCGAAGACGUGGGACAGCGAUGGUUGGGUUCGUCCUGCAGCAAAGGAGGAUCUCAACAGGGACAUGGGCCACAUGGGCUCCUACGUCAAUGAGCUGAUGAAGCACGUGUCCGACACGUCGCAGUGGGCGAUCUUUGAGCACCCGCCGGUGUCGAGCUACUCACGAUCCCGAGUCGCAAUACUAGGCGACGCAGCACAUGCUUCGACUCCCCACCAGGGCGCUGGGGCCGGCCAAGCCAUAGAAGAUGCGUAUGUGCUCGCUGAACUUCUGGCUGAUGAUGCGGUGGAAACUAUGGAGGACGUGGUGGCGGCCUUCAAGGCAUACGAUAGUGUUCGUCGGCCCCGCAGCCAGAAGGUCGUCACGAGCAGCAAGGAAAAUGCCGAGCUUCUUUGUCUCUGCCACAAAGGCAUAGGGAAUGAUGGAGAGAAACUUAGGCAGUCGUGGGAUGAGCGCUUUCAGUGGCUGUGGAACCUCGACUUAGACGAGCAUAUCGAAAGUGGUCGGGCUCAGUUGUACGAAUACAUGCGGCACAACAAGACGAAGGGUCAGGGUGAGCAAGGCGGGACAUGAUUUAUAUACAAGGCUCACCCAGCAUUGACAUUCUAACAUAAUAUAAUUGACAGAUCGGC